UUAAUUCCUCGUUACCGCGUGAAUAUGUUAAUUUGAAAUCAAAGCUUAAAACUCCACCGUAUCAGUGUCCACCCGACUACAACAAUCCUCCAACAUAUGACAUAAUUGAGCAACAACAAACGCGCAACGUACUAAAGCAACAGCACAUGAACUCGCUCAACAUUGAACCAGAAACAGAUGCCUUAAGCAAGGUUAAUGUAAAAUUAUUAAAGCAACAAUACCAACAGCAGCAACAACACAAAACACCAACCACGACACAAAUUUUAAAUACACAGACUGAAUAUGCGAAUACACAACCAAGUAGUGGACGGCGCGGGGCGGAUUGCAGCAGUAAGUACAACAACAACAUCGUUGAAUUGCAAUUACGGCAUUGGGAAAAUAUAAGUAGUAAUGGUGUAAAUAACCAAAAUAGAAUGCUUGACAAUCUGACAUUGUUGUCCUGUCAUGAGCAGCAGCAACAAAGACAACAAUUACAGCAACAGCAACAGCAGCAGCAGCAGCAGGACCAACAGCAGCAGCAACAACUACACUCACGGUUUCGAAAUAAUCCUAACAAUUGCGGUGAUGGCGCAGUUGUGAACAAGUACAAUAGCAACGAUUAUAUAGAGCUAAAACAACAACCAAAUUGUAAUGAGUUAAAUGUAUAUCGCACACAGCAAAAUCAAGCUCCUCCAAACGCCCAACAUCAGACUCAUCCACUACGAAUCAAUAAUCAACGUUCCGAAAUAGAACAAAGCGCAGACAAUGCACAGGAACAGCCCACUGCAGCGCCACGUCGUUUUGCACUACCAUUAACUGCAACUCCACGUCCUGCACUCAGAUCAACACUUUUACAAAAACGGCCAGACGAGACGAGUUGCAGCAGUUUUGAGCAAUUAAAUCUCAUAGGACCGCCAGGGGAAAUUGCAUGCGAUAACAAUACCAUAGAGAAAUGUAAAGUGAAUGCACGGAUUGGCAGUCAGGCACGAAAUCCACAGACUAACCAAAAUACACAAAAAUAUGUCCUUGAUAAUCAGAAGCAUAUAGCUACCGAUGAUAAACAAGUGAAGGCUGAGGGUGAGCAUACAGGUUCUUCCGCGGAAAGUAAAGAAAUUGUUAUGGAUGCCUCAAAGCAACAUUACGGCAACAUAAAUCGUUUGCAAAUUAAUGAGAAUAAAAGGUCGGAUGGCACUUUAAAUGGAAUACAACAAAUGCAUGGUGAUCAGACACGGUCCCCGAUUUUACAUCGACCCAGCCUAGUACGUGGUGGUUCGAGCCAUGAAAUCGGAACGAAACAAUUUGAUGGCACAGUUCAAAAGCAAAAACAACAAAUUCAAAUGCAACUACAACAAAAUCCCCUGACAAAGCAAUUGUUUGGAGUAGUUCAAAAAGAGGUGUUCCAACCAAAAACUUCACUUCCCGUGUACAGAAGUGAAUGUGAGUUGUCAGGUUCUUAUGCUUCGCUCGAAUGUCCUUCACCACCGGGGCCACCAAUAUGUCUUCCGGAAACUCAAAGAGAUCCACAGGCACGGCUUAGUAAUUAUUUAAGAAAUCUUUAUCAAGAACUAAGUUUUAAAGAGCCUGUAAUUCCACCCUGGGCAAUACCUAUUCAACCGGGUGCCUUAUGCAGUGCACGUCUUGAACCAGAUUUGCGUCUCAGUUUAAAUUCGCAUGGUUUUAGUGAUUCUUUGACAGUUGACCAGAUUUUGGUGUCUUUACAGACAAAAGAAGGAACUUUUCUGGAGGCACCACGAAGGUGCUUAAUUGAAUGCCCCACUUGGGCAUCGCGAAGUAAUCUUUGCUUAAGAAUUUUGUAUGCUUGGGCGAAGGAACCACCAUGGCCACAAAAAGGUACGCCCGUAGCGCUAACCUUAUUUAUUCCACUCAAUGAAUUGAAACGUAGUUUUGCUCAUUACUUGGAAAAGGAGAUAUUGCCGAAAGGAUCUCUCAAUCCCUUUACGAGUGGAGUUGGUGGUUUUAGUGCAGCAUGGAACUCAUUGGAAUCGCUUGGGCCAAAAUUGUUGAUUAUUUUAGAUGGCUACGGCCAAAGCAAUCAGAAAUCUGGUAGCGCCAGUGCUAAUAUUGUGGUAACUCCGAAGAAAAAUAAAAAUGGUAGUUUUACCGCUUGUGCAACUGCAAAACAUUAUCCUUCAGAUGUAUACGAUUUACUUGACGGUAGAUUAUUUCCUGAAGCAAGAGUUAUUAUAACUACGUAUUCAUCUAGCUGCAUGGAAUUAAUGCCUAUUGUUCAGCGACAUAUUGUUUAUGAAGGUUUAACAUGGGGUAGAUCAGUUUCGAUUUUGGAAGGCGGGCAGUGGGGUGGUCCAUCCAGAAUGUUAGAUGCAAUUCAGGAAAGUCCUCAUCUACGUAAAGCAAUUAAAACACCGCUUGGCUGCUUGGCAGUGGCUUCAAUUUUUGAUGCACACGGUGGUGACUUGCCUAUUGAUGAAUUGGAUGUAGUCGAAUCAAUUAUGAAUUGUGUAGUUCCCGGUGCUUCGUCUGCUGUGGUGUCUGAAUUAGGUAGAUUGGCUCUAUUUUGUAUAAAAAUGAAACGUACUUGUUUGACCAUGAAUGAGAUUAAAAUGUAUUGCUCAACUCCUGAUCAUAUAAUGGGUUGUUUAGAUAAAUGUGUUUUAUAUGGAAAAACAGCUAAAAAGAAAGCUGAGUAUGUAUUUAAUCCAAUAUGCACUGGAAUGAUGGAGUUUUUAGCAGCUAAUUAUAUUGCGUCAUUGGUAUCUCGCCCGGGUCUUUUGGCAGCCGAAAUUACAGGUAUGGCUAUUGGAGAUGAGUUAGAUCCAGAAUUAUUAAAAGUAUUAAAGUUUGCAAUGGCACUACUUGGCGAACGCGCACAUAUCCUCUUAUCAAGAUUGACGCCAUUAUGGCUAUCACCACAAACUGUAUUUACUCUAGCUUUGGCUGGUGGAUAUAGUGAAGCGAAUAUAGCAGCUCUAUGUGAUAUUCUUGGCAUAUCGAAGCAUCCACCUAUAUCUCCAUUAGAAACGAAACCCUUGUGGGUACAAGUACGCUCUGUUCCCACAGAUUUAAUGGGUUGGGGUAUGGCGUUAAAAAGUUCUACGUGCACGCUCAAAAAUUUGGAAGUUAUAUAUCAAUUAGAAAAACAAAAUCUUACAGAAUCAAGAAAAGCUAUUGAUAUAUUUUUGGAUUCAAUAGCUUUAAAUGAAAGUGUUUCAACACUACGUUUAUCAUCUCUUAUAGAAAUGGAUGUGAAGGAUACUGAAAUCACAUUUUUGGGAAAUUGUGUGUCGAGGCUUUUACUUAAACCACGUUUGGAACACUUUGAGCUAGUUUUAACACUUAUCGAAGAGGAUCCACCAAUGUUAAAAUUGCAGCCAGUUGUUGCAGCUUUAUCAUUAACCAAGAUACAAAGUGUUAAGAAAAUGUCUAUAUAA